AUGUCUGGCGGCGGGCAAGCAGCGGUCUCGUUCCUGACGAAGCUCGCAAAGGUGGCUGCCGGGUUGGGCUUGACGGCAUCUGCCGUCUCCACGUCCCUCUACACGGUGGACGGCGGCCAACGCGCGGUCAUCUUCGACCGCUUCCAGGGCGUUCUCCCGGCGGUCGUCUCGGAGGGCACCCACUUCCUCGUCCCCUGGCUCCAGAAGCCCUUCCUCUUCGACAUCCGCACGCGCCCGCACAGCUUCUCCUCCACCUCCGGAACCAAGGAUCUCCAGAUGGUCAGCCUCACGCUCCGCGUCCUCGCCCGCCCCGACGUGGAACGCCUUCCUGAAAUCUUCACCAACCUCGGCCUCGACUACGACGACAAGGUGCUCCCCUCCAUCGGCAACGAGGUGCUCAAGGCCGUCGUCGCCCAGUUCAACGCAGACCAGCUCCUCACCGACCGUCCCCACGUCUCUGCCCUCGUCCGUGAAGCCCUCGUCCGCCGCGCCGGCGAGUUCAACAUCGUGCUCGAUGACGUCGCCAUCACCCACCUCGCCUACGGGCACGACUUCGCCCAGGCCGUUGAGAAGAAGCAGGUCGCGCAGCAGGAGGCUGAGCGCUCCAGGUUCCUCGUUGCGCGUGCAGAGCAGGAGAGGCGUGCUGCUAUCGUUCGCGCGGAGGGAGAGAGCGAGUCCGCACGGCUCAUCUCAGAUGCCACCGCUCUUGUAGGCAAUGGCCUGAUCGAGCUCAGGAGGAUCGAGGCUGCCAAGGAGAUAGCUGGGGUGAUUGCGCGCUCACCCAAUGUUUCCUACAUCCCUUCUGGCAACAACGGCCAGAUGCUGCUUGGGCUCAGCACUGCCCGGGAUAUGGUCCUCAAUGGUUAUUGCUCAGAGGCAACUUGGUUUUUGAAUUAUUGGUUUCAUUUGUUGUUUUUUCUGAUUAAAGUUUUACUAUUGUUUUGUUGA